CCAAGACCACAAGAGGAAAAAUAAGAAGUGCAAGCGAAGUACGAUCUUAACCUAACAAACUGUUUGCAUUUCGUGUUAUGUUUAUAUUUGCUAUUUUGAAUAUUUUCAUUUGAAAUCUCCACUUUGAUUUUGAUUCUCAUACCACAGUCUUACACAGGGUAUUUCAAGGCUCUAUUAAUACCCCUUCUGGUAAUUUCAUUCGUUUUGCACUUUACACAAGAAGUGAGAUGUCCCGUAAAAAAGAUAUAUCUAGAGAAGAAAUAGCCAAGCAGUUCUUGUUGCCAGAAAGACAAUCUAAAAUAGAUACGCUAUUGAAACAAGAUGGCCAGGCGUAUUGUAUUUGUCGAUCUUCUGAUUCUUCUAGAUUCAUGAUAGCAUGUGAUGCAUGUGAAGAAUGGUACCACGGAGACUGCAUCAAGAUAUCGGAGAAAGAAGCCAAAUCGAUCAAACAGUACUUCUGCAUCCGAUGCAAAGAAGAAGACUCCACCUUGGUGACGCGAUGGAAGACGAAGAAAGAGCAGCGAGAAGAGUCCGCUUCCGUGUCCGCGUAUGCGCAAACGGAAGCGGAAGAUCGCAAAUCGAGGAAGAGGAAAGAACGAAGCGAUGGGGGUAAAGCGGACAAGAAGAUCAAGAAGUGCGGCGAAUGCGUCGGCUGUUAUAGAACGGAGGACUGCGGCAGGUGCGACGUGUGUACGAGGCGGAUCAGACACGGCUCGUCGAAGACCAAGGAGCGGUGUAAGCAGCGGGUGUGCGUCAGUUCGCUGCCAGGAGCGAGGCGCAAAAGGCGCGACUCCAGCUCCGAUCGCGAGCAGCCUUCCAACGCCCACUUGAAGACCGAGUUCGCACGUCAUUGCUACGGCCCGAAGUGCGUCAACAGCGCCCGAUUUGGGUCGAAGUAUUGCUCAGACCAGUGCGGCAUGAAUCUGUCGAAGACGCGGAUCCUGCAAGUGCUGCCGCAGCGGUUGCAGGAGUGGGCGCUGAGUCCGUCGGCGGCCGAGGAGAUGAACACCAAAGCUCUGGACCAAGUUCGAAAGCAGCAAGUCGAAGUCCACCAGAUCCUGAAAGAGUUAGACAAGCGGCACAAGGAACUCGACUCUAUCAUCGAGCGGGCCAAAAGCGCCUCGAUCGAUCCCGACCAGGAGAACGACAACGAGGAAGAUGCGGAGAUAUCGAUGUUUUGCGUGACUUGCGGGCUGGAGAUCCAUUCGCGCACCGCCAUAAAGCACAUGGAGAAGUGCUUUAACAAGUACGAGUCGCAGGCGUCGUUCGGGUCUGUGUUCAAGACCAGGAUCGAAGCUUUGUCUACGAGAUUUCCAUCAGACUAUAUUUUGAUUUGUUGUUCUCGCAGGCAACAACAUGUUUUGCGCCUUCUAUUACACGAACAACAAGACGUAUUGCAGGCGGCUGAGUGUGCCGGAACACUGCAAAAACCCGAGGCCGUCCUUUCAUUCGAUGACAUGACAGAUGAAACUGAUAAAAGCUGUUUCUUCAUUUCUUGUUUUUCAUUGGUAGACAUUUUUACGCCUAAGCCUACAAGCAACAACAUGUUCUGCGACUUCUUCAACAUGAACAACAAGACGUACUGCAAGCGGCUGAGGGUGCUGUGUCCGGAACACUGCAAGGACCCGAAGAUAGGCGAUCACGAGGUGUGCGGCUGUCCCCUGGUCACCAACGUGUUUCUCUCUACCGGCGAAUUCUGUCGCGCGUCGAAAAAGUCCUGUACGAAGCAUUACGUGUGGGAGAAGCUGAGGAGAGCCGAAAUCGACUUGGAGCGGGUGCGCCAAUGGCUCAAGAUGGACGAGCUGUUGGAGAAGGAGCGCCAGAUCAGGACGAGCAUGGCGAACCGAGCUGGGGUGCUAGCUCUGAUGCUGCACAGCACCUACAACCACGAGCUGAUGGAGCGGAUCAGCAAGGCGCAGGAUCAGCAGAGCGUGCAAAGGGAGAUCGCCAAGCAGAUGAAGCACCGAUUUUCCUAGUUUGUGAGUUGUCUUUUCGAUGUGGAAUUUAUUGAAUAAACGCUUGAUAAUGUGACAACACAUCAUCUUUUUUUGAAUUGAAUUGAAAUUGAAUCACUAAAUCGAGGAUGGAAAUAAAGUGAUAUGUUGAUUUCCAUUGAGCUGAAGUAUUGAAAAUAUAAGUCUCACUUUUAUUCGUAAAAUAUAUGGAUUGCGAAGUAUCAAUUUCCAAAUAAAUACAUGUUUUGACGAAUUUUCGUUUUUUCAUAAAAUUUAGUUUUUUUCAAACUACAGUGUGAGGAAAAUUUGAAAUAUUUUAUUCUUGAUGUUGAAAAUUUUCUGUC